GCUGCGGAUGAGCGCCUAAGUCCAGAAGAUGUGAAAGCUCCCAUUCAUCUAGACUCUGGAUGAUCUAGAAGAUUAUAUCCUAAAAUUCAAAAGACGUCUUUCUCCUCAUUCAACGUCUUCUCACUCAUUUACUCUUUCCAAUACUGUUGGUUACUUUGAAGCUGUUAGUCAGGCAAUCUAUCCGGCAUCCCAACUGCGGGGUCCUCACGAUCUCAGCUGCCUAGGCCUCCGUGCGGAGAGGACCCCGCGUCGAAUCACUGACUGGCCCAGGAGUCGGGGCUACAUUUAUCAUUCACUACUGUAAUUUUGAAUGAAUGGACCACUAAACACCUGAUACUGAUGUUAUCUAUAUAAAAGAAAGGAGCAAGUUAAGAAAAUGAUCCACAGUCUAUUUCUCAUAAACUGUUCCGGUGACAUAUUUCUAGAGAAGCACUGGAAGAGUGUUGUGAGCCAGUCUGUCUGUGAUUAUUUCUUUGAAGCUCAAGAGAAAGCAGCUGAUGUUGAAAAUGUACCACCUGUUAUUUCAACACCUCACCACUACCUCAUCAGUAUCUACCGGGAUAAGCUCUUCUUUGUCUCUGUCAUACAGACUGAAGUGCCACCUCUCUUUGUAAUUGAGUUCCUACAUCGAGUUGCUGAUACUUUUCAGGACUACUUUGGUGAGUGUUCGGAGGCUGCAAUUAAGGAUAAUGUGGUCAUAGUAUAUGAGCUCUUGGAAGAAAUGUUAGACAAUGGAUUUCCACUGGCUACUGAAUCUAACAUUUUGAAAGAAUUGAUUAAACCACCAACAAUUCUGCGUUCUGUCGUCAACUCUAUUACAGGCAGUAGUAAUGUUGGGGACACACUCCCCACUGGGCAGCUGUCCAACAUCCCAUGGCGCCGAGCAGGGGUAAAGUACACAAACAAUGAAGCCUAUUUUGAUGUCGUUGAAGAAAUAGAUGCAAUUAUAGAUAAAUCAGGAUCUACAGUCUUUGCAGAAAUUCAGGGGGUAAUUGAUGCUUGCAUUAAGCUAUCUGGAAUGCCUGACCUUUCCCUUUCUUUCAUGAACCCAAGGCUUCUAGAUGAUGUCAGCUUCCACCCCUGCAUCCGGUUCAAGCGUUGGGAAUCUGAAAGAGUUUUGUCAUUUAUUCCUCCAGAUGGAAACUUCCGACUUAUAUCAUAUCGUGUCAGCUCACAAAAUCUAGUGGCAAUACCAGUAUAUGUGAAACAUAGCAUCAGUUUUAAGGAGAACAGUUCUUGUGGUAGAUUUGAUAUUACAAUUGGACCAAAGCAAAAUAUGGGGAAAACUAUUGAAGGAAUCACAGUGACAGUUCACAUGCCAAAGGUUGUGUUGAAUAUGAACCUGACACCAACACAAGGCAGCUAUACAUUUGAUCCAGUUACCAAGGUACUAACGUGGGAUGUGGGAAAAAUCACUCCACAAAAGCUCCCCAGUCUUAAAGGACUGGUAAAUUUACAAUCUGGAGCACCUAAGCCAGAAGAGAAUCCAAGCCUCAACAUACAGUUCAAGAUCCAGCAGCUUGCCAUUUCAGGCUUAAAAGUAAACCGCUUGGACAUGUAUGGGGAGAAAUAUAAGCCAUUUAAAGGAGUCAAAUAUGUCACGAAAGCUGGAAAGUUCCAAGUGAGGACAUGAGAAGAGGCCAGAAUUCCUCAAGAUAUGUUUGUUUUCCAAGUGUCAUUACAGUUUAUUACCAUUAGGUACCAAUUGGACGGGAAUACAUAUUCUAGUUAAAGCAUUUGUGUCGAGCCACACACCGCUAACAGAGUUGCUUAGUAAUCAAUGUAGGGUUCUUAAGGAGCUUUAAGCUAAGGAAACUUCUGAAUGACUUAGCUUAUUUGUAUCUUGUCACUUAGGAAGAUUUUAGAGGUGAUUUCCUCCAUAGGGAGACACCAGCUGGAGGCUGCAUAUUUUAACAGUCAAGGCAAAAGUCUACAGUGAUAACCUCUCUCCUAAAACAAGUGAGCUGGUCUCAGCAGGAGCUAUCUUAGUCUGUAAUUGAUGUAUCAAGUGCAGCCAAAUGUCACACUUGAUCUUAGCCAUCCCAAAUCUUCUGUCCCAACACAGGAAAAAUUCCUCCCACCCCAAGAAGUUUACAGAAAACUGCCUCUUCAAGUGUUUGCCUUAUUCAGCUUUUCACUUAUGCCAUUAAGCAAGCACUGUAGCAAAAGCCACUUCACAUGGCCCUGGCAGGGAGCACUGCUGCUCCAUGCUCCAUUCUCACUGUACUUGAUAUUGUAUUUUUUAUAAAUAAGAUUUUUAUGUAAAGCUCAGAUUUUGAUUUAUAGGGACCUUGCUGCAGUAAGUACCAUCUCAGUUUUGUGCCACUUGGUUCAGCUGUUAGCACAGUAAAAAUGAUUUGUAUCAAAGGGGUGAAUGCUUUAAGGUAAUAAAAGGGAGGGAACACUACUUCUGCUUUUAGGAAGUUAUUGCAAGCACAAGCAUUUGAGAUUUUAAGCAAAUUAAUGUAGUAAAAGAGAAACUUAAGUGAA